AGUAGUUGUUCUGUUAUAGAUUUAUUAGUUGAGGCUAGGCACCUCAUUGCCAGUUGUUUCUGCAUUUUGACCAGUUGUAGUUUGCUCUGAUACGCUCCAUCUGCUGGAAAAUGAAGCUUCACUCAUGAGAGGUAUGUGUAUGGGUACAAAAGUACCAAGGCACAAGUUAAAGGGCAGAAGACCAAUUGUAUGGAGUCAGUUGUCACCUCUCGUCUAGUUACAGAUGGGGCAUCCUCCCAUGUCAGGUAUGGAGCAAUGGACACCCAGUGAUGUAUAAACCAAAGAGACGGUCCGGUCUUCAUGAAGCUCCUAUUUCAAACUUGAAAAACUACUUUGAGAAAGAAACAGUCCCAACAUGCCUGUAUCUUCACUGCUUUAUCUUCAGUGUGUACCCUGUGCAUGUUACCAAGAAUUUGAGAAAUAGUUUGUCUCCUCCUAACUUUGUUCCAGCAUUAAUUCCAGAGUGAGCAUAUUAUGAGUGAGCAUAUGUUUACGUGCAUGGAGUACUUUUAAUAGAUAUUUUUCAUGCGAGAUAGGAAACUGAUUUAAAACUAUUUUUUCUCACAAUCAACUCGGGAAAUAGGAUCUGUUAAACCAAUGGCCAUCGACCUUUCAUCUAAGUGUGAGUGCCUUAGCUGUUUGGAAGGUAGUCAGAGUGACUCUGACUGGAAUUACUCUUCCAGAAAGAGAGGUGAUAGCACUUCAUACUCAAGAUUAAGUAAGAAAUCCACACUCUCUCUCAUCAUGCAACACUUUCUUUCCCAGUGUUGUUCUAGUGAGCUGGAGGGCACUAACAAGGAAGACUUCACAUUUCUCACAUCAGAGGAAGAAAGUUCUGUGGACUUCUCUCAAACACAAAAUCUCAGCCAGACAUCAAAGAAGACCAGAUCAUUAAGAGAGCUGACUAUCCAAGAACUACUGAGCAAGUUUGGAGACAAUGGGAAGUUUCUACCACAUUCUGUGUCCUUUAGCCAUUUUAGAGACCAUGUGGUUGUGAAGUUUAGAAGAGCUCUGUACUAUUCUGGAAUCUGGGUAAAAUAUGUCCAGGGCUCUGGACUGAAAAGGUACUUUUCAGCUAAUUAUUUUAAAAGAAAUCCCAGUAGCCUGCACCGGCUGAUUCCCUGGCUGAAACGGGAACUCACAGCUAUCUGUGGAGACUAUGGCUACACAGUGAAGAAUAUCCUGACUGCCAUUCUCCAUCACUUGACAAAAUUUAACUUGGACAGUGAAUCUUUCACUCACCUACUUGAGCCUUAUCUCUUGCAAUUCACCCAGCACUUUCUGCAUGAGUUUAUCAGUUUCGUUUGUUCAUCCUACAACAUGGAGACCUAUGACCGAAAUGCCAUCUAUCAGUGUCCUGUUUCGACGUUGACGAAAAAGAAGAGCAUUGCCACAGCUCCAGCUUUUUCUUUCCCAGAGGAUUUAUCCUUCAUGAAAUCUCAACAAGGCAUAAAGCAGUCCAAGAAGACCUGGACAAAGACUGGGCAGAGCGCUGACUCUGGCUUGAAACAGUUUCCUAAGGGUCAUUCCUCAAGAAAUUCCCAAAUCUCAACAACCCAUCAGAAACCAGCAAACAAAUGCCAUGUUUGGUCCAAAGAUGAGUGGGAGUCAGAUGAUUUCAAAGAUGUGGUUUGCACUACUAAUUCACUGAACUGGGCUUAUCUCAGGGAAAACAGGCCAGACAAAGAGUGUUAUAGAAAUGAUAACCAAGAGAAAAAGUCAGAAGUCACAAAACUGCUUCCUGGCCAUAUGCAAGAUCUAAAGAGGCAUGAAACAAGUCCAAGUCCACACACCUUUAGAGCAUUGGUGGAUUCUAAUCAGAUACCCCCAAGAAAGUACAAUAUAAGAGAAACAAAUGUUUUGAAUCCUGGCCAACAGGUACAUUAUCAGAAAAAAGAAGCAGAAAAAAAGAAGCUUGAAUUCUUCUUAGUUGAAGAAUCUUCACUAAACUCUUUUCAAAGAUUGCCCAGAGAAAGAAGCCUGAUAAACAGCAAAUCCAGAGAGAGUGAUCGUCCUCGUCAUUGUGUCUCAGAAAAUAGCACCUCUCCUACUAGAAAUGCUAAGAUGCUGGCUUCUAUUAGUAACCAGUCCUCCCAAUGUGUAGAAGUUGGUUCACACCACAGUAGAAGAGCCCAAAGACAAUAUAGUCCCAGGACCCCCAGAUCCAAAUCCUGGUCUGUCAGAUCUAGAAUGCAAUCCAUGAACAGAGGUCAGAGUAAUCUCUCUCUGAGGGAAGUUCACAGACGCAAACACCAUGGGUUAUCAAAAGGCUGUGUGCAUGGCUGUGAAUCAACCUACAGGGUGGUAUCUUUGAGUCCAGUCCAGCAGGUUCAGGUUUGUUUAACAGAUGGAAAGAGAUGUAAAUUCGCGUCUACAAGUGAAGGUGAAUCUCAAACUGGAAGGCAUUGUGACAGUCUCUCAUGCCUUCAGACUGAGAGACCUCAGUCUCCAAGUAAGCAUAAUAUGAAGGGGGAGCACCUAGUUGAUAGAGUUAGGGGAAUCAGAAAACUUAGGCGCAAAAAACCCAAAUACCAGUGUGUGGGUACACAAACCACAACAGAGCUCAGCGACGACUUGGAGGAUCGUAAGGAUAAAAACCAAAAAGGAACUGUCAUUCUGAAUGUGUGACUUCCUGCAGAAAGUAAAUUUGAAAAAGAAAGGAAUUCAAGACUUCAGAACCUUCUAGCCAAGAAUGAAUCUAAAAUAGAUAUUAUCAGAAGCAUAAAGAUCUAAGUGGGUUUUGAAAGGCAAAUUAGUCUACUUAGCCACCAAAGCUCAUUGAAAGUAUGGAUUUAAUCUGAAAUAUAUGAAAAUAUUUAUCAUAGCACUUUGUAACUAGAACAAAAUAUCUGAUGAUUAAAUUCAAACCUAUUUUGGGCACAAAUAUACAUUAUUAAAUUAUUCAUUUAUGUAAAUAA